GUUAGAAACUUAAUCAUUAACCCCCAUUAUUGUUCUUCUUCCUCACCCAAAAUUUUAGCAUGCCAAAAUUAAAAGCAAAACUGCCAUUGUUCCGUCACCUAAUGCUCUCUUUUGCUUUAUUUGUAAUUCUAUUUCCUGCUGUUUGUUUUGCUAGGAGUCUUAUUAACCAAGACUGCGGCUCUACUUUCUGUGGGAAUUUGAAUAUCAGUUUUCCAUUCCGAUUAAAAAACCAACCUCCCCACUGUGGUCAUUAUGGCUUUGAAUUUGAGUGUGAGAACAAUAAUCGCACCACUUUGGUUGGGAGAGGAGGGAAAUUCUCUGUCCAACAAAUCAUUUACGAAAAUUAUACAAUACGAAUGGUCGAUGCGAGCUUGGACACGGAUGAUUGCAACUCUCUUCCUCUUAGUUCUGUACUUCCUUAUCAUUACCAUUAUGAUCAAUCAUCUGUUUCCCUUUUUCUUUCUUCUUCUUCUUCUUCUAGUUAUAAUUAUUAUAAUUAUUAUGGUGGAAGGUUAGAGGGUAGCAUUAUUUAUGUUAUGAAUUGCUCCAAACCUAUAAAAUCAUCACUUUAUAUUGAGGCUUCUCGUUGUACCAUCAAAUCCAAUACUUCCUCUUCCCUUCCAACUUCUCAUUUCUAUUUUUUAAAUGGAAACACCCACCUAUCUGAUAUCAAUCAAGCUUGCACUAUCGAAGCGGAGGUUCCAAUUAUGAUUGAUAAUAUAAUAGGCAUGUCUACACUGGAUAUCUACAAAAAACUAUUAGAGGGUUUUUGGGUCAAAUGGAAUACGUGCAGGUACCAGAGUUGUUAUAAAAAUAAAGUUAAAGUUUCGUCGUUUAAAGAAAUAUUGUCAAACUUGAAAUUUGCCUUCAGAAACUAUAUGGACAGCUUUGUAUAUUUCCUUUUCCACGGCCCCCAUGUCUACUACGAUAUCAACGAUUCUAUGCCAAGAAGAACUUAUAUUCUCUGUUUGGCAAUAACAGUUGGAGUUAUAUCAUCGAGGUCGUUGCCUGGGAUAAUUUUUUUGCUUGCUCUUGUUACAUACAAAUGGAGAAGAAGACAUUUAUCUAUGGAUGAUAUGAUCGAAGAGUUCCUUCAAAGCCAAAACAAUCUUGUUCCCAUUAGGUAUUCCUAUAAAGAAAUUAAGAAAAUGACUAAAAGUUUUAAAGAUAAAUUAGGUGAAGGGGGUUAUGGCUCAGUAUUUAAAGGGAAGCUUCGUAGUGGGCAUCACGUGGCAAUAAAAUUGUUGGGCAAAUCAAAGGGUAAUGGCCAAGAUUUCAUAAAUGAAGUUGCUUCUAUUGGGAGAAUUCAUCAUGCCAAUGUGGCAAAACUUACUGGAUUUUGUGUGGAGGGAUCAAAGCAAGCUCUGGUAUAUGACUUCAUGUCUAAUGGAUCUUUAGAUAAACUCAUAUUUACAGAAGAAAAUAAGAACACUUUGGGCUGGAAAAAAAUGUUUGAUAUUGUGCUUGGGGUGGCUCAAGGAAUUCACUACUUGCAUCAAGGAUGUGACAUGCAAAUUCUACAUUUUGAUAUCAAGCCACACAAUAUUCUUCUUGAUGAGAAUUUUAAUCCAAAAGUUUCCGAUUUUGGUCUUGCUAAAUUGUAUUCAGUAGAUGAUAGCAUUGUCUCUCUCACUGCGGCACGAGGAACGAUAGGAUAUAUUGCUCCAGAAUUGGUUUACAAAAAUCUUGGAGGCAUCUCAUACAAAGCUGAUGUUUAUAGUUUUGGAAUGUUACUGAUGGAAAUGGUUGGAAGGAGAAAGAAUGUGAAUGCAUUUGCUGACCACACUAGUCAGAUCUAUUUUCCAUCUUGGAUUUAUGACCGAUUAGAUCAAGGAGAGGACUUGGAGUUGGGAGAUGUUUCUGACGAUGAAAAAGCAAUGGUAAAGAAAAUGGUAAUAACAGCCUUUUGGUGUAUACAAUUACUGCCUUUUGAUCGUCCUUCAAUGAGUAAAGUUUUGAAGAUGCUUGAAUCUGAUGUUGAACUCCUUGAUAUGCCUCCUAAGCCAUUCCAUCAACUUCCGCUUGAAACAUCAAUGGAGAUUCAUAGCUGUGAGAACUCUAAUGAUGAGCCAAGUACAUCAUUGGAUACUGUUACUAUAACAAGUUCAAAUAUUGCAUAAGACGUUGUUGGCGGGUGAGAGGCGAAUCCAUUGUGAUGAGGAUGUUGGAUGUCUUGUUUCCUUUUUCGUUGUUACAAUGAUUGAAUUCAAGUAUUUCUACGCUCUAAGUGCGAUGCGCUAUCUUUUGUUUUUAGAACAAAUUUGUUGCGGUAUUUGAGAAUGUUGGCAUUAUUGUUUUGUUGUUGGCCAAUCUAGUUUCUUUGUGCUUUAAAUGUUGGAUGUGUCAUCGACUUUAUAAAGUUGUAUAAUAAUUCUCAUUUGGUUCUUUUUAAAUAAAUGCCAUUUAAAAAUAAA